UCUCUCCAGCUCGCAUCCUGUCUAAUGGUCAGCUUUGGUUUCGUCUUGUUUUAAUUUUCUUUUAAUUCACAAAAAAGUUGAAGCGUGAAGUUUUCCGGUGCAGCACAAAAGCUCCAAAAACCGCGUGAUAUCAAAGGUUCUCUCUUUAACCCGUUUCUGAACGAUGGCUGUUCCUUUAACCGUGUACCUCUUGGUAGCUUCCAAGCUGCUUUUGGCUGAAGUGAAGUGUGACAGCAUCAACUUCUAUAAUAUAAGGCCUCCUGUAGAUGCGACUCCAUAUCCUAACAGCUUCAAGUGCUUCACAUGCGAGCAGGCGUCAGACAACUACAGCUGUAAUCGCUGGGCUGAAGACAAGUGGUGUCCUCAGAAUACACAGUACUGCAUGACCAUGCAUCAUUUUGGUCGACACGGGAAAACCAAGUUUGUAACAAAAAGGUGCGCUUCGUUUAACGACUGCAGGUUGAGCGGAUGCCGACAUCACGGGAACGCACACCACACGGAAUGCGUCUCAUGCUGUGAAGGCAUGGUGUGUAACGUGGAGCUUCCUACUAAUCACACCAACGCCGUGUUCAUGAGGAUUCGGGAUUUCAGCUCCGCCGCGACACGCAGCAGCAUCUGGACUCGCUUAUUUCUACUAACCUCAGCUCUCGUAGCGCUGUUACCUUUGUGAGAAUAUCACAGUGCUUUUAAGCCUGUUGGAAUAGGCCCUGCUGGAAUACCAUUGGCACACAAGGGAUUCCGGGAGUCUUGAGGAAAGCAAAAGGUUCGUCCUGCCUCCUCACUGAAAAAAAAAAGCUGUCACCCUGACCUGAAUGAACGUCCAGCCAAUCGGUGUGCAAAUCCAAACCAAGAAACUUUUAGAACUUUGUCAACUGUUUGCCAAUGACGUGCUCGAUAGGAAAGAAGAAGUAAAUCAUUUAGCCGUAAGGGUGAUGAUUCCCAGAGUAACGCGGCAUUGUUGUUCGUGUUUACCCUCAGUGGAGGUCAUGAGGGACUCUGGGAUGGUGGGAUAGACCUCGGCCAGUGGCUUGGAGCCCAGGGUCUGUCCCGGAAAAACCUGAACACAGAACUCUCUGAAAGAGAUCUAGCAGUAAGGCUUAGAGACAGAGGACAGAUUUUUUAUAGUCAAGUUUGCUUGAAUUUUGACUCACAAUACAAGUUAAAGCAAUGAAUCAAUGGACAUUGAGAUAUUAAUUUAAAAAAUAUUCA